AGGGGAAGAAAUGGAGAGUUACGCCCCUUCAUCACUAUGACAUCGGUUCACUUGCGAUUUUGUUUCAAAGCGUUUUGAGAGUCAGCGAAAGUCUUCAUUCUGCAAUAGAAAUCUUUAAAAGGAGACAAUGAAUUUAGUUCAAAGUAAAGCAUCUACAGAAAAUGACUGGGGCGUCCGGGAGGCACAACUUGAAACACUGCAUCAAGAAAUUUUGUUUCAACGUGAAGCACUCUUACAUAGCUCCAGCAGUGUAAUACAGGGACCGAUCUUGAAUGCUGGAAGAACAAACAUCUACUCAGAAAGUGAUGCCAGACUUAGGAAUCUCAAGUUGUUAAAGGAUAUAGAUGUACUUGAUGAAGAGAUGAACUGUCAUCCAAGUUCAAGUUCAAAAUUUGUUAUACUACAGAACAACUAUUGGUCAAUGGUGCGAAGUUUGCUUCCACUCUGGGAGGAGUCUUUGAACGUAGGCAACCAUUUGUCACAGCAGCAGAAGAUAAGAUCCAGAAACUCUUGAAAUGUAACCGACAUUCACUUCUUAUGACUACAGUUUGAAGGCAAUCAUAUCUGGCCUGGCAUCCCUGAGCAGAACUGCAAGAGAUUACUACUUUGCUUCUUCCUUUAAUCAUCAUGCUGCUAGGCACUACUACUCUGAUUCUUCCUCAAGUACCUAUGUUGCCAGGGAUAGUUGCUAAGAUGGUGCGAAUUAUUUCCAGACUUCCUUUUUAAUAUACAUUACCUUUACAUAUAGAAAGCCUUUUAGCUGAUGUUUCAUCCAUGGUGAAGCCAAAAAAUUUGUUACAUUUUGCAUAUGUAUAUAGUGCAAUGGCAUAUUUAAUUAAACUCUUUUACAUUUGAA